AUGAAAUAUCAGAGUAGACAAACUGUUCUGGAUCACCUCAUAUGUUCAGGGUUCCGGCUUGAAUACUUGAAUUGGGUAUAUCAUGGGGAAGGCACAACGGUUGCAUCGAGGAGCACACCCCAUAAUGAUGACGAAGAGAUACUUCGCCAUGAACUGCAUGAAAUGUUGGAUGAUAUAUUUGAAACAGAAGGUGGAAGUGGAGUGGGGAUACAUGAGAAUGCUUGGAAUAAUAGUCAAGAGACGAACAAUAGAAGAAGCAAAUUUGAUGACCUUGUUAAGGAAGCCGAAGAAAAUGUGUACCCGAAUUGCAAAUACAGCAAGUUAUCUUGUGUGGUGCAUUUGUACCAAAUAAAAUGUCUCGGUGGAUGGAGUAACACAUCUUUCUCUAUGUUGUUAGACUUUUUAAAGGAUUUGUUACCUAAAGGAAAUUUGUUACCUAAAGGAAAUUUGUUACCUAAAACAACACCACAAGUGAAAAAAUUAAUGGCCGACAUCGGAUUAGGAUAUGAAAAAAAACAUGCAUGUACUAAUGGUUGCAUGUUGUUUUGGAAUGACAAGGAGAAGGAUGAAGUGUGUUCUUUUUGUGGAUCUUCUAGAUGGAAACUUCAUGAAGCUAAUCCAGAACAUGAAGUAAAUCCUCCCAAGAGGAAGGCUUUAAAAAUAUUACGAUGGUUUCCCUUAAAGCCUAGACUUCAAAGAUUGUUUACGUCAUCAAAGACGUCUAACCUUAUGAAGUGGCAUCAUCUAGAGCGUGUAAAAGAUGGAAAAUUGCGGCAUCCAGCAGAUGCAUCAGCUUGGAAAGAUUUUGAUGAAAAGUUUCCUGAAUUCGCUACUGAUCCUCGCAAUGUUCGUCUAGCUCUAGCAACUGACGGCUUCAACCCAUUUAGGAAAAUGAAUUCGGUAAAUAGUAUUUGGCCAGUUUUUCUUAUUCCAUACAACUUACCACCAUGGUUGGUUAUGAAGCAGCCAAAUUUUAUUCUUUCUUUAAUCAUCCAGGGUCCUAAAAGUACUGGAAACAAGAUAGACGUGUAUAUGCAACCUUUGAUUAAGGAAUUGAAGGAGUUAUGGGAGGAUGGAGUUAAUACAUUUGAUGCCUCAACGAAACAACACUUCAUGUUGAAGGCUUCUAUUAUUUCUACCAUAUCAGACUUUCCAGGUUAUGCCAAUCUAUCUGGGUGGAGCACUAAAGGAGAACUUGCAUGUCUCGUAUGUGGUUUUGGUACUGAAUCCAAAUGGCUAACUCAUGGAAGAAAGUUUUGUUACAUGUGUCAUAGGAGGUGGCUUCCAUCUGACCAUAGUUGGCGUUCAGAUAUUAGAUCGUUUGUUGGACGCCACGGAUUCAGAGUUGCUCCAUUCCUCCUUCUGGAGAGGAGGUUCUACAACAAGUAG